UUAAACGCUCCUUUUAUUCUGAAGCCACUUCCUGUUUACCCUCGCACUGUACCGGAGUAAAAACUUCUCUGCCGUCUGUAGCAGCGUUAAAAGAGAAAUCAGCCGAAAUGCCACCAUCUUCCAUCUAAACACGAUCUACCUGCUGGGAACACACGGAAUUCUCCUCGUGGCCUCAGUUCCAGUCAGCCCCAACAACCAUGUCGUGCCGGGACAUCCAUGCCACCAACGCUUUUUCCUUCAUCAUUGCCUUUGUGUCAGUGGCAGGGCUUACUGUGGCUGCUGUAAUCCCACAGUGGCGAGUUACGAGACUCGUCACCUUCAAUCGCAACGCUAAGAAUAUCAGUGUGUAUGAUGGGCUGUGGGCUAAAUGUGUGAAACAGGAUGGCUAUUCAGGAUGCUACUACUAUGAUUCAGAGUGGUACUCUAAAGUGGACCAACUCGAUCUGCGGCUCCUGCAGUUCUGUCUGCCUGCAGGCCUGCUGUUGGGCUCGCUCGCCUUGCUGCUGUGCAUGGCUGGGAUGUGUAAGACCUGCUGCUGCUCAGACAAGCCUGAGCCGGACAUUAAAACUCUCAAAUUCCUGGUGAACAGUGCAGGCUGUCACCUGGUGGCUGGGACGUUCUUGUUCCUGGGUGGAGCUAUCGCCAUCACCCCCUCAGUGUGGUUCCUGUUCCGCACUAAGGCGCUGAACAUCAGAUAUGACAACAUGUUCUCUGAUGGGUUUGCUGUAUAUGUAGCAAUCGGCUGCUCUGGAGGACUAAUGCUGGCCGCGCUGCUAAUGUUCAUGUGGUAUUGUAUGUGUAAGAAGUUGCCUUCACCCUUCUGGUUGCCACUUCCAUCCAUGUCGACCUCUCUGUCCACUCAGCCUCUCACUGCUAACGGAUAUCCUCCCUCCCCAGUGUAUGGUCCUCAGCCCUUCCCACCACAGGCCCAUCCUCCCACAGUCAUCGACACCCAGCAGUAUGUGCCAACCCACGGCUAUGCACAAAGUGUGGUUGCCCCUGUACCUACACAAGUGUACAUGUCUCAGAUUUCUGCUCCAGAUGGGUACGGAUCAGAGGUUGGAGGAACCCAGGCCUACAGCUAUGCUCCCUCACAGAGCUACGCUCCCUCACAGAGCUACGCACCCUCACAGAGCUAUGCACCUUCCCAAAGCUAUGCUCCUUCUCAGGGCUAUGGAUCCAGCUACGUAGGCCACCGCUACUCCAGCCGCUCACGCAUGUCUGCCAUAGAAAUCGACAUUCCUGUGCUGACACAAGGAGAAUAGAAAGAAAAUAGAAAAACUUGAAGCCUGUAGUCUUUUAAACUCAUUUAGAUUCACCACUGAUGAAACUAACACAGUUUGAUGGAUGGAAGUUAUUAACAUGAGAGCUUAUUGAUAACCUCUAGAUUCAGUCAGUUCAAUCCAGGUUUGCAGAUUGAUGUUUAUGGAAGAUGAGAAAGACACCCGGAGGAACAAUAUGAAGGAUGAUAUUUUCGUUAAAAUAUAUAAACGCUAAAGCACUGGUGUAAACAACACUGUAUUCAGCUUAUUUAUGUAGAAAGGGAAGAAAUGUAAGUUUCGCUUGGAGCCAUAAUCACUGAAAGACACCUCAACUAACUUUUCUUCAUUAUUUAACCAGAGUACGAUCAUCACGUCCAUUUGGUUGGUGGCUUUUUAUAAAUUUACACUCUGACUAAACAUGAAUGAGGCCUCUCUUUUUCUGUUACACUUUUAUUGUUUAACUCAUCAUGUUCAUGUAACAGUGAUGUGUCCUGGUGUCCACUUUAUGGAGGUCUUCUGUUCAUCACUACUGAACAAACACUUACUGACCUUAUACUCAGUUUUUAAAUAGGCACCUACUAACUCACUCGCUUGUUGAGUCAAUUUUAACAUGAAUCUUUAAGAAGGUCACACUGUCCUGCAAAGAGCAGCUGUCAAAGGUUUGAAUGCACUAAUGAUGUGAAUACUGUGCCAGUUUACAUUGCCUUUAUAGUUGUAUUGCCUCUAAAUAACUAUUUAUCCAUUAUUGCAGCAUGUAUGUUUUCCUGCACGUUUAUGUGAAAAAGAUCAUCGCACUAAAUCUGUAAGUUGUGUUCAUUGUAAUGAACAGAUGCAGAUUUUGAUCUCAGUGUAGGGGUGCAUUUUUAUUACUCUAAUAACUCUAACUCUAAUGUCAGAAACAGAAAUGACAGGAAGGAUAAUACUGUUCAUUUACUUAACAGGGCAUAUUAUGAUUAACUAUAAAAAGCAGUUAGUGAGAAGUGUUAAUUUGUUCAAUUAGUACCAUUAAACAUCUGCCAACUUAGCUGGAAGUGUGAUGUUCAGGCUGGUCGUAGUUGUGAUUAAUCCCAAUUUAACAGUCAAAUCAGUUGUUGCCUUUUGUGUGUUUUGCUUAAUGAGCACUGAUCAACAUUUCUUUAAAGUAUAAUAUUAACCUGUAAUGUUUAGGUUCAUGAUAUUUUCAAAUGUUUUUUCUAUACUGUCAAUGUUCUGUUUUUAUUAAAACAAAUCUCAAUACA